ACAAUGUCGAGGAGAAAGUUGGAGAAUAAAAGCCUUUCUGGCUUGUUAGCUACAUCUCUGCAGACACAAAUCAAGACAGACAAUUUCCACCAUUUUUAUAUGCUUGAAUCGAAGGAGUUAGGAAGAGGAAGAUGUGCUGUAGUUCGGAAAUGUAUAGCUAAAUCCACAGGCCAAGAGUAUGCAGCUAAAUUCCUGAAGAAAAGAAGAAGAGGUCAAGAUUGCAAAGCUGAGAUUUUUCAUGAGAUUGCAGUACUGGAAUUAAUGAAAUCUAAUCCUCGCAUAGUCAAUCUCCAUGAAGUCUACGAAACACCAAAUGAAAUCAUCUUAGUGUUGGAAUAUGCUGCUGGAGGAGAAAUGUUUGACUUGUGUGUCCCAGAUCUGGAUGACAGAAUUGGUGAAAGGGAUAUCGUAAGACUUAUAAGACAGAUACUUGAAGGACUUUGCUGCUUGCAUGAAAACAAUAUUGUUCAUCUUGACUUAAAGCCUCAAAAUAUUUUGCUGAGCAGCAUCAAUCCUCUUGGUGAUGUAAAAAUUGUAGAUUUUGGUAUGUCUCGGAAGCUUGAGAAUUGUAGUGAACUGCGGCAGAUCAUGGGCACAACAGAGUACCUAGCUCCAGAAAUCUUGAACUAUGAUCCCAUCACCACAGCUACAGAUAUGUGGAACAUAGGUGUCAUUUCAUACAUGCUGCUGACACAGGAAUCUCCAUUUGUGGGAGCUGACAAUCAAGAAACUUACCUAAAUAUAUCUCAAGUUAAUGUGGAUUAUUCAGAAGAAACUUUUUCAUCAGUUUCACAGCCUGCUAAAGACUUCAUUCAAAAACUUCUUAUAAAAAACCCAGCGGAAAGACCCACAGCAGAGGCCUGCCUUUCUCACUUGUGGUUGCAGCAAGGGGAGUUCAUGCUCUUGCGUAGCCCUGAAGAAACCCGUUGCUCUUCUCUGAUGGCGGAACAUACAGCAAAGUGCUUGGCAGAGUGGCAUGUAAAACCCAUCUGUAAUGGUACCUGUAGCAACAAGGAAGACAAGGAAAACAUCCCAGAGGACAGCAGCACAGUCUCCAAGCGUUUCCGUUUUGAUGAUUCCUUGCGGUAUCCCCAAGACUUGAUGACAGAUUUCGUAUGUUAA